AUGGUGCUGGGAAGAGACCUCAUCCCCUGGGCAGGAAUCGUGUUGGCUCUCUGCCUGCAGCACCUCGGCAGCACCAUCGAGGUCCCUCUGGAUUCAAAUAUUCAGAGUGAAUUGCCUCAGCCCCCCACAAUCACCAAGCAGUCCGUGAAGGACUACAUCGUGGACCCCAGGGAUAACAUCUUCAUUGAAUGUGAAGCCAAAGGGAACCCUGUUCCCAUAUUUUCCUGGACACGGAAUGGGAAGUUCUUCAACGUGGCCAAGGACCCCAAGGUGUCGAUGCGGCGGCGGUCGGGGACCUUGGUCAUCGAUUUCCACAGCGGGGGGAGGCCGGAGGACUACGAGGGGGAGUACCAGUGCUUUGCCAGGAAUGACUAUGGCACAGCUCUCUCCAGCAAAAUCCACCUCCAGGUGUCCAAGUCUCCCCUGUGGCCCAAGGAGAAGGUGGAUGUGAUUGAGGUGGAUGAAGGGGCUCCCCUCAGCCUGCAGUGCAACCCCCCCCCUGGCCUGCCCUCCCCUGUCAUCUUCUGGAUGAGCAGCUCCAUGGAGCCCAUCCAGCAGGACAAAAGGGUGUCCCAGGGACAGAACGGGGACCUCUACUUCUCCAACGUCCUCCUGCAGGAUGCUCAGACUGACUACAGCUGCAACGCACGCUUCCACUUCACCCACACCAUCCAGCAGAAAAACCCCUACACCCUCAAGGUGAAAACCAAGAAACCCCAUAAUGAAACAUCUUUAGGAUAUCACACUGCCAUGUACAGUGCCCGAGGGAUCACGGAAACAACUCCCAGCUUCAUGUAUCCCUACGGAACCUCCAGCAGUCAGAUGGUGCUCAGAGGGGUGGAUCUCCUGCUGGAAUGCAUUGCUUCAGGAGUACCAGCACCAGACAUCAUGUGGUACAAGAAAGGAGGAGAGCUGCCAGCAGGGAAAACCAAGCUGGAAAACUUUAACAAGGCCCUUCGGAUCUCCAAUGUCUCUGAGGAAGACUCUGGGGAGUAUUUCUGCUUGGCAUCCAACAAGAUGGGCAGCAUCCGGCACACGAUCUCGGUGAGAGUGAAGGCUGCUCCAUACUGGUUGGAUGAACCCCAGAACCUGAUCCUGGCCCCUGGUGAGGAUGGCAGGCUGGUGUGUCGAGCCAACGGGAACCCCAAACCUGCCAUACAGUGGUUGGUGAAUGGAGAGCCCAUUGAAGCUUCUCCCCCCAACCCCAGCCGGGAGGUGGCUGGAGACACCAUCGUGUUCCGGGACACCCAGAUUGGGAGCAGUGCUGUGUAUCAGUGCAAUGCCUCCAACGAGCAUGGCUACCUCCUUGCCAAUGCCUUUGUCAGUGUCCUGGAUGUUCCUCCCCGGAUCCUGGCUCCCCGCAAUCAGCUCAUCAAGGUGAUCCAAAACAACAGAACCCGACUGGACUGCCCCUUCUUCGGCUCCCCCAUCCCCACCCUGAGAUGGUUUAAGAACGGCCAAGGGAACACACUGGAUGGAGGGAACUACAAAGCCCACGAGAACGGGAGCCUGGAGAUGGCCAUGGCUCGGAAAGAGGACCAGGGAAUCUACACUUGUGUUGCCACCAACAUCCUGGGGAAAGCAGAGGCUCAGGUUCGCCUGGAGGUCAAAGACCCAACCAGGAUUGUCAGAGGCCCAGAAGAUCAGGUGGUGAAGAGGGGCUCCAUGCCUCGCCUCCACUGCCGGGUGAAGCACGACCCAACGCUGAAAGUCACCGUCACCUGGCUGAAGGAUGAAGCCCCCCUGUACCUUGGGAACAGGAUGAAGAAAGAAGAUGAUGGGCUGACAAUAUAUGGUGUGGCUGAAAAGGACCAAGGGGAUUACACCUGUGUGGCCAGCACAGAGCUGGACAAGGACUCAGCUAAAGCAUUCCUCACCGUGCUGGCUGUCCCUGCUAACCGUUUGAGAGACUUACCCAAAGAACGACCCGACCGGCCCCGUGACUUGGAGCUGUCAGACCUGGCUGAGAGGAGCGUGCGGCUGACGUGGAUCCCUGGAGAUGACAAUAACAGCCCCAUCACAGACUACAUCGUGCAGUUCGAGGAGGAUCGCUUCCAACCUGGGACGUGGCACAACCACUCCAGGUACCCCGGCAGUGUCAACUCAGCCAUCCUCAGCCUCUCUCCUUAUGUCAACUACCAGUUUCGAGUGAUUGCAGUGAACGACGUGGGCAGCAGCUUGCCCAGCCUGCCCUCUGAACGAUACCAGACCAACGGGGCACGUCCUGAAAUUAACCCAACUGGGGUUCAAGGUGCAGGGACCCAAAAAAACAACAUGGAGAUAACCUGGACGCCUCUGAAUGCAACUCAAGCUUACGGCCCCAACCUCAGGUACAUCGUGAGAUGGAGGCGAAGGGACCCCCGGGGGAGUUGGUACAAUGAGACAGUGAAAGUCCCCAGACACGUGGUGUGGAACACCCCCAUCUACGUCCCCUACGAGAUCAAAGUGCAGGCAGAGAAUGACUUUGGUCGAGCACCAGAGCCUGACACCUACAUUGGCUAUUCCGGGGAAGAUUAUCCCAAGGCUGCUCCUACGGAUGUUGGGAUCAGAAUUAUAAACAGCACUGCCAUAGCUCUGACCUGGACCCGGGUGCACCUGGACACCAUCCAGGGACAGCUCAAGGAGUACAGAGCUUAUUUCUGGAGAGACAGUAGUUUGCUGAAGAACCUGUGGGUCUCCAAAAAACGGCAGUUUGUGAGUUUUCCUGGAGACCGAAACCGGGGCAUAGUGUCCCGGCUGUUUCCUUACAGCAACUACAAGCUGGAAAUGGUUGUAACCAACGGGAGAGGAGAUGGCCCACGCAGUGAAGUCAAGGAGUUCCCCACCCCAGAAGGAGUGCCCAGCUCCCCCAGGUAUUUAAGAAUCCGACAGCCAAAUCUGGAAAGCAUCAAUCUGGAGUGGGAUCAGCCAGAGCAUCCCAACGGAGUCCUCACAGGAUACAGCCUUAGAUAUCAAGCCUUUAAUGGAUCCAAAACGGGCCGAACCCUGGUGGAGAACUUCUCUCCCAACCAGACCAAGUUCACCCUGCAGAGGACAGACCCCAUCUCCCGUUAUCGCUUCUUCCUGCGUGCCCGGACCCAGGUGGGAGAAGGAGAAACCUUGGUGGAGGAGUCCCCAGCCUUGCUCAACGAAGCCACUCCGAGCCCAGCUGCAACUGAGUUGCCUCCAACUACAAUCGAUCUAACCAGUACUACAACAGCCCCAACUACCACCACCACCACCACCGACACUACUACUACUACUACUACUACUACUACUACUACCACCGACACUACUACUACCACAACUACCGACACUACUCCUCCUCCUCCUACUACCACCACCACCACCAUCACCACCACAGCUGCCACCACCGUCGCCAGCACCACAGCAGCUCCAGAGAGGGCUCCAGCAGCCACCACAAAGCAGGAGUUGGCCUAUACCAAAAACCACGUGGACAUUGCAACCCAGGGCUGGUUCAUCGGGCUGAUGUGUGCCAUAGCUCUCCUGGUCCUUAUUCUCCUAAUUGUUUGCUUCAUUAAGAGGAGCAGAGGAGGGAAAUACCCAGUCCGAGACAACAAAGAUGAGCACCUAAAUCCUGAAGACAAGAACGUGGAAGAUGGCUCCUUUGACUACAGGUCUCUUGAAAGCGAUGAGGACAACAAACCCCUGCCCAACAGCCAGACCUCCCUGGAUGGCACGAUAAAGCAGCAGGAGAGUGAUGACAGUUUGGUGGACUAUGGAGAAGGGGGUGAAGGGCAAUUUAAUGAGGACGGCUCCUUUAUUGGGCAGUACACAGUGAAGAAGGACAAAGAGGAGACUGAAGGCAACGAGAGCUCAGAAGCCACCUCCCCAGUUAAUGCCAUUUACUCCCUGGCGUAGCCCAAGGCACUGCUGA